AUGGCAGAAGCCGCCAAGAUCAUUUACACCGAAACUGAUGAGGCGCCAGCCCUCGCCACGCACUCGCUGCUGCCGAUUCUCCAGGCCUUUACCAAAAGUUCGGGUAUCGAGCUGGAGACUUGGGACAUCUCGCUGACUGGCCGCAUUAUCGCCAACUUCCCGGAUAGACUGACGGACGAGCAAAAAAUCCCCGACUAUCUGGCAAUGUGUGGCGAGUUGUGUCUGGACCCGUCGGCGAACAUUAUCAAGCUGCCCAAUAUCAGCGCAUCGAUCCCCCAGCUAAAGAGCGCGAUCACCGAGUUGCAGGAUAAGGGAUACGACAUUCCCGACUACCCUGACGACCCUGCCAAUGACGAACAACGCGCAGUGCACGCGCAAUUUUCGAAGGUGAUUGGUAGCGCGGUCAACCCGGUAAUCCGGGAGGGAAACUCCGAUCGGCGGGCCUCCACUGCGGUGAAGGAGCACGGCAAACGCAAUCCCCAUCGGAUGAUGCAGGAUUGGCCGGAAGUGUCCAAAACUCGCGUCGGCCACAUGACCAGUGGCGAUUUUUACGGCAGUGAGCAGGCUGUCACUAUCGCGGAGGCCGGGUCUGCCGCUAUUGAAUUUGUGUCUCGCGACGGGCGCGUCACCGAACUCAAAUCCGGUAUCCCGCUGCAAUCCGGUGAAAUCAUCGACUGCGCCGCGAUGAGUGUCAGGGAACUGCGUGAGUUCUACGUCGAGGAAAUGGACAAGGCCAAAGCUGAGGACGUGUUGCUCUCCUUCCACGUGAAGACCACCAUGAUGCGCGUGUCGGAUCCGAUUAUCUUCGGCCACUGCGUGUCGGUUUACUACCAGGACGUGUUGGACAAGCACGCGCCCGAUCUGGCUGAACUCGCGGUUGAACCCUGA